UCGAGGAAUUAAGUGUUAAAAGCUCACGCCGAGCUUGGUCACUGCUUUCUUCUUUGGUCUUUCAAGGUUUAGCCUCUGGAUAUAGCCUCUACCCAAAGUCACCGACAAAAAAAAAGUACUUUCAUCACUGUUUAACGAGACAGUGAUCUUUAAGACACAAAAGGCCGGAUUCGUAUUUGAAGGUUCAAAGGGAUCUCUAGCCAAAAUGUUCUGGAAGAUUCUCUUCCUUGCAUUCUUGAUUGGUCAUAGUUACCAGUGUCCCAAGAAUUACGGAAAGUUGGAACUUAAAGGGGUAAAAGAUACCUGUCAGCGAAUCGAAAACGGAACCGAUCCGCCUUGGUUAAGAAUCACCUGUCAUCUUUGGUGUCGUUGGUAUUGUAUCCUGACGUGGUGCAGAGACUUCGCUUUUUGUCUCAAGCAAUCCGUUGAUUGGCAAAAAGAAUGCACUUGGAGGAUUAAUAAACUCAUUUGGCGAAGUCGUUCUAAAAAUAUAAAGAUGGAGUCUGUAAACGGUGGCCCAUCAUAUAGUUUUGACGUCCAGAGAUGUUAUAAGGAAAUCUACAUAAAUAUAAGGUUAUUCAAUGGCACAAUGCAAGGAAAUGGUGCUAAGCCAGGAGCGGAAAGCCUCCGUAAGGAGGAUAUCUUCAAUUCUUCAAACACCAUUCUUCAGCGUCUUACAAAAGAGAUACGUAACAAAAGUCAACUAAAGCAGGAAGAGAUAGAGGACGUCUUUCUUGAAUUGACCUCUUUGGAGACAUCCCUGUUGGAAUACGGACAGUAUAACCUCAAUCGCACAACAAGUGAAUUUAAUAUGAGCAGCAUACACAUGGAUGUUCUUGUCAGGAAAAUCUCCUACCGAAACCACAGCCACCACUUUCGUCUGGAGGAACCUACGGGAGAAAAUCUCCUAAUCAUUCCAUCGGCAAAUUUGGACAAUGGUUCAGUGAUACUCGGAGUGAUAUAUAAAGACCUCCAUCAACUAUUUACCAGAAACCAACCAGAGAACAGUACCCUGAACAAUCCAAGGGAAGUCAACUCCAUUAUUUUGGCUGCCACAAUAAUUCCUUCGCCCACGAGACUACAGGAAAAUAUAACUUUGAAGUUCAAAAACAUGAAGAAUGCAAAUAACGAGAAAAAGUGUAUGUUCUGGAACAUGUUCGAUGAGAGUUCCAUUGGCUGGUCAGGAGAAGGGUGCUACGUCAAAUCUACUGAUGCAUACCAAACAGAAUGCACAUGCAAUCAUUUGACUCAUUUUGCUGUUCUUCUGGACACAUCAUCUGGUACAGAGACUGCCGAUAUAUCAGAGAAAGACGAAAAGAACUUGGAAAUUCUCACAUACGUCGGGCUGACCCUUUCUGUUAUUGGUAUCACAUUGACGAUAAUCAGCUAUCUUACUCUCACAGACAUGAGAGGACCUUUAUCCCAGAUUCGAGUGAGUCUCGUCACUUCUCUUGGUGCAGGACAAAUCAUGUUUCUCGCCGGGAUUGGAGCGACUGGGAACAAGGGAGGUUGCCUUACAGUGGCAGCCCUUAUGCAGUAUUUUUUGAUGGCUGCCUUUUGUUGGAUGCUGGUCGAGGGAAUUUACCUCUACCUGUUUGUUGUGAAAGUUUACAACGUUGGCGACAAAUUAAGAAUGUGCCAUGGAAUUUCAUGGGGCCUUCCCGCGCUCAUCGUUGCCAUAUCACUAAGUAUUGCAGCUGGAAAAGAUGGGAUCGAAAGUUUUGUGGCUGAUAAAUACUGCUGGAUGUCUUCUGCCAAUGGCCUGAUCUGGAUAUUUAUAGUAUUUAUUGUGCUGAUUGAAUUUUUCAACAUUCUGAUCCUCGGGCGGGUUAUCAAGGAGAUGGUGACUAUGCAACAAGAGAAGGACAAACAUAGCGAGCAAAUAAGACUUGGUGUCAAGGCAUGCAUAGUUAUGAUUCCUCUGCUGGGGAUCUCGUGGUUAUUUGGGUUAUUGGCACCAUUACAUAAAGCUUUCGCCUACAUCUUCACGAUCCUCAACUCUACACAGGGUUUCUUGAUCUUUCUUCUUCACUGCGUGAGGAACAGCGAGGUAAGGGCUCGUUUGAAAAGAAGGAUUCAGGCCAUCUUCCCAGCUGUGGAUGAUGGGACUAGUACAAAACGAACAUCCGUUGUGCCCUCGGAAGUAAAUGAGGAUUCCACAGCCAUUGCUGCGCCCAGAAAAAUAAAGGUUCAGCCACUGAGUAACGGCGAAAAAACUAAAAAAGUUCCGAGCAAAACCUCUGUGUAGUUGUCAAUUUGUUACAUUGUACAUAACAACUAUAACUUCGUAGUGCGGCAUAUACAAGGAAAAUAUUGUAAGUUAGGAAUCCGGCAGCUAAUUAUUUAAUACAAUAUCAGAAUAGAACUCUUACAGAAAAGCCACGAAAAAAAAACCAAAACAAAAAAAUAAAUAAA